AUGACUAACCAUACCGAUGUCUCAGUUCCCACUAAGAUUGAGGGGAGACUCAUGGCCAUUAUCAUAUGUUGGUUUUUCGGCUUAGGCAAUCUCGUCGCGUGGAAUAGCAUGCUAACUAUCUCCGAUUAUUACUAUCAAGUCUUCCCGAAGUACCAUCCAUCAAGGGUACUUACCCUGGUGUAUCAACCCUUUGCAUUUGGAACUAUGAUGUUACUUGCUUACUACGAAGCCAAGAUCAAUACAAGGAAGCGAAUCUUGUUCGGAUACAUCCUCUUCUCUUUAUGCACACUCGCACUUGUACUCCUGGAUGUGGGAACUUCAGGGAAAGGAGGGGCUGCAAAUUACGUCGGUAUCUGUCUUCUCGUUGCUGGUUUUGGACUAGCAGAUGCUUUCACCCAAGGAGGGAUUGUUGGAGAUUUAUCCUUCAUGGAUCCUACCUUCCUGCAGUCCUUCUUUGCUGGUUUGGCUGCAUCCGGAGCCCUCACUUCCGGCUUGAGGCUCAUUACAAAAUGGGCUUUCGACAAAACUGAUGACGGCCUUCGCAAGGGUGUUAUUCUGUUCCUGUCCAUCUCAACCUUGUUAGAAUUCAUUUCUUUAUUCCUAUAUGCAUUCGUCUUCUGUAGAAUACCAAUUGUCAAGCACUACCGCAAGAAGGCAGCCUCGGAGGGCUCUAAAACCGUUGCAUCGGAUCUUGCUGCUGCCGGGAUCCAUACCACAGAUGAUCAAGCUGUUAGUGAAAGGUUAAGCAACAAGGCAUUGAUUUGGGAGAAUCGUGAUCUUGCCUUUGACCUUUGGUUGAUCUAUGCAAUCACAUUAUCGAUUUUCCCCGGUUUCUUAUGCGAAAACACUGGCCAACACCGGCUAGGAUCAUGGUAUGCAGUUGUGCUCAUGGCACUCUACAACUUUUGGGAUCUCGUCGGAAGGUAUGUUCCUCUCAUUGACUGCAUCCGGUUGAAGUCGCGAAAGGGUCUCAUGGUCGCGUGUUUGUCUCGCUUGGCGCUCAUUCCGUCCUUCUACUUCACGGCCAAGUAUGGAGACCAAGGAUGGAUGAUCAUGCUGGUCUCGUUUCUAGGGCUGACAAACGGCUAUCUCACGGUCUGUGCCUUAGUCGCGCCUAAGGUGUAUAAGGCACCGGAGCAGAAUGCGUUGGGCAAUCUGUUGGUUGUGUUUCUCAUCAGUGGUAUAUUUUCGGGCGUUGUUCUCGACUGGUUGUGGUUGAUCAACCAUGGGUCGUUUUGA